UGGGGUGACUUGAACUCAUAACCUCUUGGUUGGAAGUGGAGGUUGCUUACCAUCAGAGCAACCCCUCUUGUCUCUCGUACUCACUAUUGCCUACUUAGUUAAUAAUCUCCCUUACCAAUCAAUGAAGUUAAAGCAGAACGCAUUGGAGAUAAUGCUGGUUUGCUCAGUUGUGGAUAGAGAUAAUGGGGUUGGUCAGAAAACAGCCCUAGUGUUGAAGAAAAAGAAGUCAUAGAUGGAAUGCUGAGGCUUAAGUAGGAAUGUUAUUUAGAGAGUUUAUACUUCUGAACGAGUUUUUUUAAGCUCUCUCUGCCCUUCUGUCCUAUAGGCAUAUCAUACUUGCUUUUCAUGGUAGGUUCGUUAGUGUAUAUCUACAAAGAGGCUAGCUUUGCUGAAAAUUUGAGUUCGGUCAGUCUUUCACUUUUUUCCUUGAAGUUAUUUCAUGAAAAGUGCGCUUCGAAAAUAGCCAAAUUCAUAUAUUCUUAAAAGUGUAAACAAAGGAAAAAAGAGUUUGACUCAAUGAAUAUCUUCCCAUAGUUUUCCUGGAUAGGCAUUAUGUUUACCGUGAAAAUGGUAACAACAAUUAAAUUUGUAAAUGAGACUCUAAAAAUAUGUGAUCUAUUUUUAUGGUAGUUGUUAGAGCAGUAAAUGCUAAGAGUAUGGGGUUUAAUGAAGAAAUACGAGCUAAAGCGGGACAGUAAUCAAACCGAGAGGCUUGCAGCCCAAGCCUCGAACUGGUCGAUGAAGGACCUCGAGGGUCGAUAUCUGGCUCGAGCUCGAGCUAUCGGGGGUAGUCGGGAAUGGGAUAACAGUUGAGAUAUGAUCAAGCAAGGCUCUUUAUGGCCAAUACCGAACAAUAAAUGAAGAACAAGUAUAAAAGCUAUAAACGUUAAGAGUGGCCUCGAGCUAUUAAGAACGAGCAGGUUAGAGAGAAGAGAGAGAUAUUAUUGAUCUUGUGGAGAAUAGUUGGAGCAACAUCAGCCCCUUACAAAGUGGCAUGGAUUCCCUUUAUAUAGGAGAGGGAAUACGAUAUAGUACAGAGACCCUGCUCAUGCUGGCUGCUUGCCUCGGGAAUUCCCCAUCCUCGGAACCUCUGUUGGGUCGCGGGCGAACCUCGGGGGAGGGAGCUUGAUCAUAGUCCUGCAGCCUCGAGAUACUGAUAUGACCACCCGAAUGCAUCUUAAUGGCGGGAAAUAGACUCCGAUUUCACCUUAUACAAAUAGUCUCCGCAUUUCCAAGAAUGAAGUAAUAGGAAACGAUUUUGAACCGUCGUCUCGAGGUCAUCAUUGCCGUGACGUCAACCGUUUAAGAGCAUUAAAUGCCAUGUUCCAGAGAACUGUGCAAGGUCGCCAUCAGAUGCGGUAAUCGAGAAACCCACGAACUGCCAUUGGCUCGUCCCUUCCGCUUCCCCAGCUGUUCCUAUAAAUGCAUCGGUUGCGUAACACUUUCCACUUUCACCCCACUUCCAAGCUCACGAGUCAGAAUUUUUGUAUUUGACACCCCUUUAUCUUUUCAUAGAAGGAUUUUUACCAUUGACAUGGCUAGGACCUCUAGGACGGUUCCCCGAGUGAACGACGCUGCAUCAUCAUCCCGAUCGCCUAAGGAAGAAACCAGAGCGGUUCCCUUCUUGGAACAAUGUACCCCACCUGAUCUCGAUGUGUCAGAGGAUUUUAAUGUCGAUGCCACUUCAUCUACGUCGGGCCGAUGCGUCCCGAUAUUAGCAAGGUGUCCCGAUACGUUAGCGUCGUGACCGAUAUUAGCAAGGUGAAGAGGGUCUGCUGAACGAGGCAGUGGAGGUUCAGAUUCCCGGUCCCGACGAUAAUAUAACUGACUUUAAGGCUAGCUUCCUUCACGUGUACACCUACCCAUUCACCCUGGGACCUGAUAAAUCUGUCGAGUCCCCUCCCUUGGAGAUAGACCCGGUUAUCCUUGAUUUCUGCGACCGAUACCAAGUGAUGCUUGGUCAGAUCUAUCCUUUUUUUGGAGGAUAGUGUUGAUGCUUCGUUAUUUCACCGAAGAGGUUGAGGGUGAGAUCUUUACCCUCAAUCAUCUGGUCAGUAUGUACAGUCCUCGAUUGUAUCGAGGCUUAAUCAGGCUCUGCCAUCGGUCCAAAAAAUCUUUUUUCACGAGCGUCAACGAGGGAAAGGAUCGAGGAUGGAUGAGCAGGUUUAUCCGAGUAAGGACCUCGGAUAUCAUCCCGGCCCAGAGGAUGCCCUUUCCAAAGAGGUGGAAUACCCGACGUAAGCAAUUUUCCCCUUAGCUGCUUUUCAACUAUUCUUCCUUUUGAAAUAAUAAUCUCUUUGUGCUCCCUGCAGCCGCCGCUUGGCGCUCGGAGGUGGUCCCAGAUUUGUCGGGAUGGAUCAGGAGGUUGAACGAGAAGUUCCCAUAUCGCGUUCGGUCUUGGACCGGCCUGGCUAAGAAUCGUUGGGUGGCCAAGAAUCAUGUUGAGGUUUCUUUACCGCCUAUGCUUCGUAUUUUGUGUUUCUUUUUGAGCCCUUAGCAAAAGCGUAUUGCGGUUACUGUGCUGGUGCAGGUCUUGGCGAGAAUAUGCUGAUGAGGCCACCCCCUGGUGGCGAAGCAGGGGCCUUGGAGCUCGAUACGAGCAAGAAGAGAAAAAGUAGGGCAGCUGUUGUCCGUCCUGCGACAAAGAAAACCAGGUCACUCGAGCACCGAGCCACUGUCGGGACUGCUGCUUCAACCUCAAAGUCAAAUCCUGAUACCGAAGGAGAGGAUGAUGAUGGAAGCCCGCUAAGGAGGAGAACGAGGUCGAGUGCGAGAGACUUGCAGGCGCCUCGGUCGGAGGCUACUGAGUCCGGAACGGCUGGCUCCGGUUGGGCUCGUGGGCUGGGGGUCCUUGAAGAGGAUGCUGAUGUAGCUUCGAAUCGCGCAGCCGGAUUUGAUGCAGUUUCCGCCAGGGGGACUGCUGGCGUUGAUCCUGAAGGGUCGAGGCUCGAAGCCUUCCAGGAACGUGGGUUGCCAUUUGGAGAAAUUGGUGACCUGAACGACUUUAUGUCGAGCUUUCCGGUCUCGUCAGGGGAACUGCGGGAUGCCCACGGGAUGAUCGGCGCCACAGCGGGGACUCCUCUCAAAGGGGGAGACUUUAUUGCUACCAUCUUUGAUGGUGCUAUUGAUAGAGCUGAUCUCGAUAUUCCUGGAGCCGUCAAAGCGGCGGGGAAGUUCAUGCAGCAGGUGAUAGCCAUUUCUCGUGCAUUUCUUUCGUCCUCGAGCAUCAUUCUUCGUCUUUCUAACUUUUCCGCUAUGUCGCAGUGUAAGGAGAUGUACGAUCAUGCCAUCCUCCGACUCCGCGGGGAGCUUUCUUAUCAGGAGAAAGAGUGUAAGAAGGUUACCUCGAAGCUGCAUGAUUCGGAGGCUCGCUCUGCCCGGGGAGAUAAAGAGUUGGGAGAACUUCGGGCCGCUUUGGGAACGGCUCUCCGAGAGAAGGCCGAUCUUGCUGCUCAGAGAUCUCCGGGUUGAGAGAGCGAAAUGAAAUAGCGGCCGGGGAGUUGGCAACAUCCCGGGAUCUUCUCAAGGGUGCUCGCAGA